AUGCUGAAAAUGGAAUUGCUCCGUUCUCUAUGGAAUUUACAGCUCCAGACUGUAUUCUCCCAUCCCAAGCACACAACACUUUGUAGUGCAACUGUGGUCAUCUUUUCCCUACAGCUGACCAUCUACCUGGGAAAGCGUGACUUCAUUGACAACAUGGGGAGUGUGGAACCUGUAGAUGGUGUUGUGUUGGUGGAUCCUACAAUGAUCAAGGGGAAAAAAGUGUACGUGUCUCUGACCUGUGCUUUCCGGUAUGGCCAGGAGGACAUUGAUGUGAUCGGCCUCACCUUCCGGAGAGACCUGUUCUUCUCUAGGGUCCAGGUGUACCCACCUGAAAACAAGCCAGAGUCUCUCUCCCACUUGCAGGAAUCUCUGCUAAAGAAGCUGGGGAAAAAUGCUUACCCCUUUUUCUUUACAUUCCCAGAUUACCUGCCUUGUUCAGUCUGUUUGCAGCCUUCACCUCGUGACGUUGAUAAGAGCUGUGGGGUGGACUUCGAGGUGAAAGCUUUUUCAACAGAGAAUUUGGAAGAGAGAAUUCACAAGAGGAACUCCGCACGGCUGUUGAUCCGUAAAGUGCAGUUUGCUCCAGAAGAACCAGGACCCCAACCUUGUGCAGAGACCACGUGGCAGUUCUUCAUGUCCAACAAGCCAUUGCAUCUGAAAGCUUGCCUCAGUAAAGAGGUGUACUACCAUGGUGAGCCCAUUCCAGUCACUGUCAUGGUCACCAACAGCACAGAGAAAACAGUGAAGAAGAUCAAAGUCCAGGUGGAGCAGGUUGCCAACGUGGUUCUGUACUCCAGUGACUUCUACACGAAAGUGGUAGCUGCUGAGGAAGCACCGGAAAAGGUGCAGCCAAACAGCAGCCUGACAACAACACUGACAGUUUUGCCCUUGCUGGCAAACAACCGGCAGACCCGGGAAAUAGCCCUGGAUGGCAAGCUAAAGGAUGAGGAUACCAACUUGGCUUCUAGCACCAUUGUUAAGGAUGGAAUAGACAAGACAGUGAUGGGGAUUCUGGUUUCCUACAAGGUCAGAGUGAAGCUCACUGUUUCAGGCCUGCUGGGAGACAUCACCUCCAGUGAGGUGAGCACAGAGCUGCCAUUUCGUCUCAUGCACCCCAAACCUGAGGAAAAGAACCCAGCAGGGAAGGAUGGUGAUGCAGAGAUGGUAUUUGAGGAGUUUGCUCGUCAACAGCUAAAAGACACGGGUGAUGAAGAAGAAAACAAGAAUGUUUCCUCAACUGAUGAGUGAUAAAGAGCACGAGCUGAUGGAGAAGCUAUGUAGCCUGGCACCAAUGAUUAAUUUAGGAGCUAGGUUUCGAGUAAACUGUGUUCUUGGUGCAUGUGCUGUCAGCAAUCAGUAGACGUAAAAUCAUAAAUUUCUCUUACUUAUUAAAAUUUUCCACUUCAUAAGAACAUAGCGAACUCCAUACCUGCUGCUUACUGUACCUACCAGAGGAGGUCAGGAAGGCUGCACCAUCUGCUUCAGAGCUACCUGUUCAGGUGGUUGGUUACUUUUACCAUUGAUGAGAGCUUAAAUGAGGGCUUGUGCAGCCUGCCUGUGCUCAGCUGGGGUCUCUGUGUCUUUUCUCUGCAUCUUUUUCACUAGUGAACUGAGUCCUAGUUUGAAUGGCUGGCUUGCUGCCUUUGACUUAAAGAUCCUCAGUGGGCUAUACGAAAUUGGUUUCGUUUCCUUUUGUUUGCUUUUGCAUUUCUGCUUUAUCCAACUCAUCUAGUUAAUAUCUUCAGUGCUUGCACUGAUCCUGUGUAUGGCUUACAUCCUCCCUCUCUACCACUCAAUGUCUUGCAAGUCCUCUUUCACAGCAGUUGUAUUGCUGAGAUGUUGCAUUAGCUUUCUAGCUCUAUACUUAACAGCCACAUUAUUAAGGAACAGAAAAACGUGCUCUGUGCAUGAAUUCCUUAACAUAGCUCCCUAUGUGCAAUGCUAACCAGAGAACUGCUAGUCUAGUUCUCUAAUCUAGUUUUCUUUAUGCGGCAGUGCUUCAAAAGAAUGUGCAAUGAAAUUAAGGAGGAAACCAUGGGGCAAACUGCCCUUAGAAUCCCCAUUGCUCUGCCAGAGAUCAGCUUAUACUCUAAGAAAUGAGAACAUAGUCUGCAAACAUUGAUCUCCCUUGUUGAUCUGCAUGUUCUCGUUAUCCAUGC